CCAGGGGCGGACUGACCAUUUGGAAACUCGGGCACUGCCUGAGGGCCCGGGGUCAGUAGGGGGCCCCAUGAGAUGCCCCUGGUACCUUUUUUCAUAGGCUUUUUUGAGUUUGGGCAAGGACACAGGGGCCCCAUGAUCCCCUAUUGCCCAGGGCCCCAUGAGUUGUCAGUCCGCCCCUGCUCAUGCCCUUUAGUGCUGCCUAUCAGUGCCCAUCAGUGCCGCCUAUCAGUGCCCAUCAGUGCUGCCUCAUCAACGCAC